AUGACCAUAGAGGAUCUCCCAGAACCUUCCUUAGAAGGAGAUUCCCUCGUUGAAGGAGAACGACUCUUACUCCCAAACUCUGCAACUUCUGUUACUUUUUCUGUUGCUGCAGCACCAAUGCCUUCAGACUGUGAGUUUUCCUUCUUUGAUCCCAAUGAUGCAGCAUGCCAAGAAAUACUUUUCAACCCCAAAACAUCGGUUUCUGAAUUGUUUGCUAUCUUAAGGCAGUGGGUUCCACAAGUCCAGCAGAAUAUUGAUGUUAUUGGGAACGAGAUCAUUAAGAGGGGUUGUAAUGUGAAUGACAGAGAUGGACUGACUGACAUGACUCUCUUGCAUUACACUUGCAAAUCAGGGGCUCAUGGUAUUGGUGAUGUUGAAACUGCUGUAAAAUUUGCAACGCAGCUUAUUGAUUUGGGUGCUGAUAGCAGUUUACGCAGCCGCUGGACAAAUAUGAAUGCCUUGCAUUAUGCUGCCUACUUUGAUGUUCCAGAACUUAUUAGUGUUAUUUUGAAAAAUGCAAAGCCAAAAGAUGUGGAUGCCACCUGCAGUGAUUUUGAUUUUGGAACAGCUUUACAUAUUGCUGCAUUUAACCUAUGUACAGGAGCUGUCAGGUGUUUACUGGAACAUGGAGCAAAUCCUGCCUUUAGGAAUGACAAAGGGCAGAUUCCGGCAGAUGUGGUUCCUGAUCCAGUAGAUAUGCCACUGGAAAUGGCAGAUGCAGCGGCCAGCGCAAAAGAAAUCAAGCAGAUAUUGCUGGAUGCAGUGCCUCUCUCAUGUGACAUCUCAAAAGCCAUGAUUCCAAACUACGAUCAUGUCACAGGCAAGGCCAUGCUUUUGUCGCUUGGCCUGAAACUGGGAGAUCGUGUUGUCAUUGCAGGACAGAAGGUAUGA